AUGAAAUGUCCUCUGGAGAAAAAAGGGAAAGCCGAAAGUGACAGAAAAAUAGUCCGUGCUGCCAUCAGUGAGUGGGAACUAGAGACGUGUGUGAAGUUCCGGGAGGUGGAAGACCAAGAGGAAUACGAAAGGACGACCGUUGUUCUUGUUAAACCGCAAGAUUCUAGUUUAUGUGGUGUUGGGGCCGGAAGAAUCUACAUUUUCACAGGGAACCGUCAGGUCCUGUUCCUGGGACAUCGCUGUUUAACGGUCCAGACGGUAGCCCAUGAGUUCGGCCACGUUCUAGGUCUAUACCAUGAGCACGCACGACCCGACAGGGACCGGUACAUUGACAUUAUAUGGUCGAAUUUGACGAACUUUGAAAGCACGAAGAAACAGUUUUCUAAAAAGCCGGAAGGAUCCAUCACCACGCUGGGGUUUCCUUAUGAUGUUGCAUCUCUAAUGCAUUAUGGUCCUCAUAUCUAUGGGAAGACGUGGGAAUCUGUGACAAUACGUGCCAAAGAUCCGCUCCUGCAGUUGAGUAUAGGUGCCGCCACCGACACCACCAUCCAGUUUUAUGACGCUAAAACUGUGAACUAUUUCUAUUGUAACGACACCUGCCGCAACAGCGUGAUGAACCUUCAGUGCCAACAUGGUGGAUAUCCCGACCCGAAAUCUUGUCACCGAUGUCGGUGUCCCCAAGGCUUUAGCGGUGACCUCUGUGAAUGGCACGAGCGAUACACUGGAGCUGAUCCCUGCGGCGGGGUUAUUCCUGCAGAAAGCUUCAACCAAUCAAUAUAUUCGCCCAACUAUAUCAACGAAUUUGAACAUUUUUCAUACAAAAAGGGCCAGACUUGUAACUGGCUUAUAAAGGCACCACAUGACAAAUUGAUCGCUGUAAGAUUUACUGGGGCGCGUUUUGGGUUUCCUUGCACGAUGUACCCAUAUGUGACAUGUGACGAUUACGUAGAGGUGAGGUACGGGGACGACAUUGGCGUAACAGGGGCAAGGUGA